UUAUGCAUUUCAUGUGCGAGGCCCUUUAGGCUUAACUCUUAACCUAUAUUUUGGACUUAUGUCGAUAGUUAUCAGGAUGAUUGUGGAAUUGAUGAUUAAUUUCGUCAAUUUGCGAACAGUAUGAAAAUCCACACACACACACACACACAAAACUCCCAAAUUUGCCUAUUUUAUAGAAUAUGGGAGAUAAAGAACAUCAUGUUCACUUUAGCGGAAGUGGGUUUGGAAAAGAUAACAAUAUUAUGAUACAACCACAGCGACAUGGUCACAUAGAUGCUUAUUUAGGGUUUUUGCAAUUGUAUCACAGAUAUCACAUAGAACUUUUAGUGCCAUGGGACACAUGUAUUCAUCCAGAAGAGAAAACAGUUGCUCCAGCAGUAAUUGCAGGAAAUCACAAUGCAAAUUGUCACAUUGUCGAUUUUGUGCAAGAAAAAGAUGGUUUAAGGUUAAAAGUAGAGCUAUUGGCAUAUAAGGAGAAAAUAUUAAAGGAGGAUGUCGAAGUGAUGUGUUGUCCGUUGGGUACUCCAUUGAAAAUUGUGCUGAAUGCACGUGUUUUAGCAAAAGGCAAGGGUACGCCUUUGCUGAGAAACGGCGUACGCUGUAUUGCCGUGGAAGGAAGCGAUGAAGAUGAAGUAUCUGAAUAAAUACUACUUAUUACCAUGUCUUUUAGUGACAUUUAAGUAUUGAGAUGCUGACUACUAGAGAGUAAGAGUUUGAAUCAACAAAUGAAUCAGCAUAGCCGAAAGAUUCUUGAACUAGAGCGAAUGUUACAUUUGUAAAAGCCUUGGGCAGGACUGCACAAGACAAGAUAAUUUGCCUACUGCUCUUCAGAAUAUAUUACGCGCGAGAUGGUUGCAAGAGCAUAUAUACACAUCAUUUAUCUGUUUUAUAUGAAAGUUGUAUCAAACAAAUUUUAUUUUGUUAUUCUUUUAAAUCGAUUGAUGUCGAUAUCAAUUUUCAACGAAGCUUUUGUUAAAUAAAUAUAUUCAUGAAGGCAUUAAUUUACUUUUUAAUUGUUUAUGAAUAUUAAGAUUAAUUAUUCGAAUAAAUUGAAACAUAAAAUUCUUCCA